AUGGGUGUUAGAGCGUCUGAAUUGGCAGGGACUGCUGAGCCAUCGCCCGCCCUCCCUCAGAGCUCUGACACGUCUGGCGCGAGAAGUGUCCUAACUGGCAGUGAGUAUCCGCCUGAGAAAGUGGGCUGGCAUGAGGGCAACGACUUCAAAACACCUAUGCCUACUCCACGGCAGGCACAGGAACGCAAAUCAUCUGCAGUAUCUGUCGGCGGUCCACUGGACAUCUCUCGCCUUGUCACACUUCCUCCGCCAUAUCCUCGACAUCAUCCCGCCCUGAAUAACAGCCAUCCGAUGCUGGCCGAUCUACGGAAUGAGCAUCGCACAAUGACGAAUCACAUUGAUAUCCAGCAGAUCAAGAACAAUUUCUUGGAUCGCGACUUUGUUAUCCGAAAGCAGCAUAACGAACUCGCUAAAGAGCGCCGCGCUAGGCUGCAUUCAGGCAUACAAACGAAACUCGGGAACGGUACGAUGAGCUUCGCACAAGCUGCGCAGGAAGAAGCCGCAUUCGACAAAGAAGAAGCAGAACGUGGCAAAGCGGAAGCUCGGACGAACUUCGAACGCUAUGAAACGCAGGUCGCGCAGCCGUUGAACGAGCUCUUACUGGCACGGCUAAAAACGGCUGAUGAGUGCAUUGAGCGCCUGAAGCUGGAUCUAGAGACGAGCAACCACGUCGCUGACCCAAAUCAAGCACAGGAAGAGGGUGAUGAGCAACCCGAGCGGCUCGAGAAGUUGACAUUGCUCAAGUGGCUAUUUGAAGCGCGGGAGCAAUUGCAUACAGAGACAUUUGACCUUCACGCGAAUCGAAGCGAGCAGUAUUCGGAAGUUAUACUUACGCCGUAUCGGAUUCAACGAGCUCAGGCGAAAAUUGAUGAAGCGACUGCGUUCUUCGGCAAGGACAGCAGAGACCGGCAAUUGGCCUUUGCGCGAGACUUUGUCAAGCGGCACGAGGAGCUGCAGCGAAUCGUCGAGAUGCAUGUUAGCCGGGGUGUCGAGGACCAGAUGUCGGCUUUUUGGGACAUUGCUCCCAGUCUAUUGGACGUUGCCACCGGGUUACCUUCCGCACUCGAAGAACUCGAUAUCCACAUCCCCGAGCUCGAAUACGAAGAAAACCCGAGUUAUCACGACCACCCGUUGCAGUACCUUUAUUGCCUCCUCAGCCAUGCGGAAAAGAGUGCUUACCAAUUCAUCGAGUCAGAGAUCAACCUCCUGUGUCUGCUCCACGAAGUCCGUACGGCUAGUACCAAGGGCCAUGUCCGACUCGUGGAGAUUCAUGGCUCGGCUGCGAGCCCGCAUACUCCCGAUCGUGCCGUACUGCAGGAGGCCGAAGAGCGACUGACGCAGGAUCUCAAGGAGAAGGUGGGCGAGGUGGAGAAGCAGUGGAGAGAGGCGCUCGGGGAUGGUUUGGAGGACUGUAGGGCCAGGGUCAAAGGCUAUUUGCAGAUUAGUGGAGGAUGGGAGGAUGGAUUGGAUGGCUGA